CCGCGCAACCACCUCCACGUCCACCUGCCGCGCCGCCUGCGCGCGCGCGAACCGGACGAACACCCACCGCCCACAGGCCGCGCCAUGGCUCCCCUCCUCCUCCUCCCUCUCCGCCUCCUCCCGGAGGCAACCGCCACCCCUGCCCGCCUCCGUGCCAGCUCCCCGCGGCCAAGCUCCGGCCUCUCCUACGCCAGGCGCCUCGCCGCACCGCGCCAAUGCCGCGCUGGCCCCGGCCCCGGCCCCGGCCCGGCACCUCCUGCUCCGUCGCCGCCAGUGGUGACGGCGGCGGCGGCCGCAGCACCGUGGUGGCACUCCGCGCUCGCCGCCGCGGCGGGCCUGUACCCGGCCUACGUGACGGCCGGCGCCGCGGUCGCCGUCGCGCGGCCCGAGGCGUUCCGGUGGUUCGUCGCGCUGGCGCCGGGGUCGUACACGUUCGCCCUGGGGCUCAUCAUGCUAGCCAUGGGCCUCACCCUCGAGCUCCGGGAGUUCUUGGCGCUCCUUCGCGAGAGGCCCCUCUCCAUUUUGUUUGGUUGUGCUGCACAGUACACCAUAAUGCCUGCCUUUGGAGCAAUUGUUAGCCGGGUGCUGGGGCUCUCUCCAGCCCUCUCAGUUGGCCUAAUUCUACUAGGAUGCUGUCCUGGAGGAACUGCAUCCAAUGUGGUGACUUUAGUUGCUAAAGGUGAUGUUCCACUAUCAAUCGUCAUGACUGUGUGCAGCACUCUUGGUGCAGUGUUCCUUACUCCACUGUUAACAAAAAUUCUUGCUGGUGCUUAUGUUCCAGUGGAUGCGGUGAAGCUUUCUCUAAGUACUCUGCAGGUGGUUGUUGCUCCAAUUCUAUUAGGGUCCUCUAUACAAAGUGCAUUCCCAUCAAUAGUUAAAUUUGUUACUCCUUUUGCACCUCUUCUGGCAGUCUUAACUUCAUCACUUCUGGCAUGCAGUGUGUUCUCUGAGAACUUUGUACGGCUAAGAUCAACAAUUGCUGAUGCAUCUUAUGGGAAUGGAAGCCUAUUUUCUGGGGAUAUGGGGGUUGUGAUGCUGUCUGUUUUCCUGCUGCAUUUUGCUGGUUUUAUUGUCGGGUACAUGACAGCAGCCAUAGGUGGUUUUAAGGAACGACAAAGGAGAGCAAUAUCCAUUGAGGUAGGGAUGCAGAAUUCAUCCUUAGGGGUAGUAUUAGCAGCUGCGCAUUUCUCCUCUCCCUUAGUUGCGUUGCCACCUGCACUCUCGGCUGUCAUCAUGAACAUAAUGGGCAGCACAUUAGGUCUUGUCUGGCAAUACAUGACUCCACCUGAUCUGAAGACUGAAACCAUUGAUAUGCCAAAUGGCCCAGAUAUAUGACCUGCUCUUAUCUUGUGUAGUUAACUCUUCGCAUAAUCUUCUGUAAGAAACAUUAGAAACGUUAAAACUAUGCUGUGUAUAUCCUUGACUUUCAAUGGUGCCCUUCCUGAUGUUAAGUAGGGAACUAGGGAUUCUGAGAUUGCAGAUAAAUUUCAAAUGUCGCCCUUCUUGAACUUCUGCUGAUGUACACAAUCAAUUGUUAUCGGAGGAAUAAUGCAAAGAUCUUAGCAAUGUAUGCUGUGACAGAAAAACAAAAAAUCUAAACAACAACCCAGAAGUCUAAGAACCAUCAGCUGUACAAUGUCAGCAAAUUAAGAGGAGAAUUAUGGUCAAAAGUUGAACACUGCAUAUGUAGUUAUUUCCAUUAUGCUAAUGUGACUGUCUGAUGAUCUGAUUUUGGGAAGCUCCUAGUAACAUUGGCUUCCUGUUAGCAUGUGACAAAAAAAAAAUCAGGACCAGCUGAAUCAUGUAGCAUGUGAUUCUGUACAAUAUUAUGCUUGAAGACAAAGCCACAUGCCAUCAAUUUUAAAUCC